GCGCUUCGAAUUUGUAAACUGCGUAUGGCGAACUGACGUUUUUGGUUAUUUUUGUUCUCGCCUCGUGUUUACUUUAGUGUCUAAUUUCGGUCCAAUUGCGAAAAUUUCACAGUGCAAUAACAAAAAACUUUCAAAAUCCGUCCAGGGAUUGAUUUACGCUAUCAUACACUCGGUACAGUAUCGAUCCGCGCUUCCUGAGUAGGUAUAUGUAUUGUAUACAGUUUUAUCACGUGGUGGUGUGAUUUAUAUAAUUCUUGUUUACCGUACAAGUAGAAACUUUGCGCAUGUGCGUCCCGUCAGUAACCUCAAAUAAUAGUAGAAGGGACACGGAUUCGGCAGGUUCCGGAAAUCCGGGUCGCGGUACGGCGGUGUCGGGUCUGUGAUGUGCUAUCGCGGCGAGGCAGCGCGCCCCGCGUGUGGACUCUGCUGAUACGGCCCGCGCCAUGGCUCAGACUCAGAUAUCGCAGAGCUCGGAGAGCGACGCCUGGCGGGCGCUGCUCUCGCUCAAGUCGGCGCCGCCGUCGCCCUCCAAGGUGCAGUGGGCGCAGGAGCCGGCCGCGGUCGCGAUCGCGCGGCUCGACGGCCGCGACUUCGAGUAUUUGAUUCGGCAAAAGAGAGUGGUGAUCGGACGUAACUCCAGCCGCGGACAAGUGGAUGUGAACAUGGGACACUCGAGUUUCAUAUCUCGCCGGCACCUCGACCUGUUCUACGACCACCCGGAGUUCUACCUGACGUGCAACAGCAAGAACGGCGUCCUCGUGGACGGGGUGUUCCAGCGGAAGGGAGCGGCCGCGAUGCAGUUGCCCAAAAGAUGUACUCUCCGCUUCCCAUCGACGAACAUUCGCCUGGACUUCCAGUCUCUGGUGGAGGAGAGCGGCGGCGGCGCGGGCAGCACGGGCCCGCCGCUGCCGCCGCUGCGCAUCACCAUACCCAUGGACAACGACGGCCGCAGCCCGGCGCCCUCUCCCACCGGCACAAUAAGCGCCACCAACAGUUGUCCGACGUCGCCGCGCGGCGCCGGCUCGUCGGGGCGGCGGCACCCCGACCUGGGGCUGGUGGCGCAGUACGCGGCGCUGGCGGAGCACCGCCCCAACAGCAACGGCACCGCGGCUUCUUCUACCUCCGACUCAGGGUACAACUCGCGCGACGCGCGGGAUCGCGACCACCGCGACGGCCGCGACGACGCCAAACCACCGUACAGCUACGCGCAACUGAUCGUGCAGGCGGUGGCGUCGGCGCCGGACAAGCAGCUGACGCUGAGCGGCAUCUACAGCUACAUCACCAAGCACUACCCCUACUACCGCACCGCCGACAAGGGCUGGCAGAACUCCAUCCGACACAACCUGUCGCUCAACCGGUACUUCAUCAAGGUGCCGCGCAGCCAGGAGGAGCCGGGCAAGGGCAGCUUCUGGCGCAUCGACCCGCAGAGCGAGGGCAAGCUCAUCGAGCUGGCGUUCCGGCCGCGGCGCCCGCGCGGCGUGCAGUUCCGCGCGCCCUUCGGCCUCUCCUCCAGAAGUGCCCCGACGUCCCCGUCGCAGGUGGGCAUGUCGGGGCUGGUGACGCCCGAGGAGCUGAGCCGCGAGCCCACGCCGGACCUCUUCACCUCGGAGGAGCAUGAGCAGGCGAGUCAGCAGCGACUCAACAACAACAACAGCGGCAACAGCCAGUCCACGCAGUACUUGUUCCCGCAGCGGAGCACCGUCAGCCAGAGCGCGCCCGGAUCACCCGGCUCCGGGUUGUCGUACGCGGCGGGCGGCAGCGGGCUGGUGAUGGCGGGCCACCAGAUCACCGUCGUCACCAACGGCGCCGGCGGCGAGCGGGAGGAGAAGUACGUGGUGAACACGUCGGGCGGCGCGCUGGUGUCGCUGCCCGAGGAGGAGGUGCAGGCCGCCAACCUGCUGCUGCACCAGCACGAGCCCUACUACACCGGGUACGGCGGCGAGGAGGGCUGCGCGGCGCUGGGCGGGGAGCUGGUCAUCGAGGAGGCGCCCGACGACCCUCCGCACAAGCGCGCCAAGCAUCAUCAUGUGUCGGACUUAGACGACCGGCGCGCGUAUUGACGGCCCGCCAGGCCCCCCACGUGAGGCCGCGCCCGACCCGCUGCGCGCGCUGACGUCACCCGGCCCGCCGCUCGCGCUGACGUCACUCGAUCCACCGCGCGCGCUGCAGUCACCCGGCCCGCCGCUCGCGCUGACGUCACUCCACCCGCGCGCGCUGUUGUGACUCGGCCCGCCGCGCAGCCGUGAGAUUCCCUGUAGCUAUGUUAUUGCAACCCGAUGACUUAACAUCACACGUGUAGUGUCUACGAAUGGUCGCAAGAACAAUGAAACAUAAUCCAUUCAAUAGAUCUGGUGUUCCGAGGUAUAAAGCUAAUUGCACUUCACUCUUUUAUGUGCGACGUUGUCUUGCGCUUCGUGGACUCUACGCAAGCGCAGAGCGCAGUGUGUGUUAACGUUUUAGGUUAAAUAAUGUAUGUACUUGAUGUGAUCAUGUCUGUCUUAUAUCUGUCAUUUGGAAACUGGAAAAAAAACAUCCAAAAAACAAAAAAAUAAGAAUGAUAAAAUAGCGCGAAUUAGCAAAUAGCGACAUUUUGAUUUAAUGAAUGGUUAAAUAAACUAAAUUUUGUAGUUUAGUAGAUUAAAAAAUAAACGUCAAAGUGAAAAUUCACUGUCGCGAUUAUGAGUGUUAUCGUUGUUUUUUUGAUAAUUUUGACUACAUUUCAACGCCAAAUUGACAGAUUACAUUCAAUUUAAACCCUACUUAUUGCAAUAUACAGAUGAUUAGGUUCAGUAAUCAGUACAUUUACAAUACGUUCGUUGCCUAGAUGUUAGAAUUAGCCAUCGGAGAUUUACAUAGCCUAAUGGGCCUUUGUCGACAAUUUGUUUGAAUACUUUUGCUUUUGUCUACAAUAGGAAACCUGCUGUAGUCGAAAAUUCAUUUUUUUUGUUUGAUUUUAGGCAAUGAUUACUUCAGGUUAGGAUGUUUGUUAAAAUAUAUAUUUGUGUUAUUUAACAUAACUACCAGACAGCUAUUUGGUUAUUUUUUUUUGACGUGACAACGUCUUAUAAUUGGAUCGAUGGAGCCGGCUGCACACACGAUAAAAGAUGACGUCAUGCGUCGUUCCCUCGCUCUAGGGUUGCCAACUUUUUUUACAAGAAAUAAAGUAUAUUCUGGUCUAUGAAGAUUAUUAUACUGUAUUUUAGAAUAAACAUCAUGACGUUGUCAUGUUCAACUAUCAUCAGUAAACCGACUUUACAGACAACUGAUUUUUUUUUAUUCGACAGACGUGAUGACGUCACAGUUCUCGCGAGCCGCGAUUGGUCGGAAAGUGGUGUAGCAACAAAUAGACGUUUCAAACCCUUUGAUUUUUUCAGUGAACCUUACAGUGUUAAGCGUACAGUGUUGGUUCUCGUUUCGAGUGGUUUUAAGUUUAAACAUUUAAGUUUUCGCUGUGUAAGGCAUAUUGCGUUAUAUUUUCCUUGUAAUUGUAAGUUUUAAUUUCGUAUGUGACGUCACAGUGAUGUCGCUUAGGAGUUGUUUUUAUUUUUUAUUUUUUAUCAUUGUAAAUUAACUUGUAUGUUUGACUUUGUACAGUACAGGCUUCGGAAAUGUUUGUUUAGGUAAUGCAAAUCUAAAAAAUGACUAUCCGUUAUUAUUGUCACGAGGGGGUCGGAAGGGGUCGUAACCAAAGUGACGUCAUACAAAGGGUUAGAUAAGGACCUUUGUUAUAUAUAGAAAGAGGGCUCAAAAUAAUUGGGUGAUAUAUUAUUAAAUAUUAUGUGACAACAUGUAAAAACAUUUUUUGACAUUAAUUAGUUGUAACUAUAGUCUGGCAAAUUCGUUGAUGAUACUCCCAUGAUAUGCGGGUGACGGGGGGAAAGACUGCGUGGGUGUUAAAUCGUGCGUGCGGGGAAGUGAGGUGCAUCAGUGGGUGGGUUUUUCAUUCAUAGCUACACGCCCCCCGCCCCGCGCGGGCCAUCGGGAGUGUUACGAACGAAGUAACUAACGGAUAGUCUCACAGUACGUUAGGUUUGCGAUUGUAAUGCAAUAUUUAAUUUAGACAUCGAUAAUAAUACACUAUAGUAUUGAAUAUAUUAAAGUCUCACUGGACAAUUGUUUUAUUGCUUAUCCUUAUGUGCAAUCAUACAGAAGGUAAUUUUUAUGUUUUAUUUUAAUAUAAUACGUAAUAUUAUACAUUUUGGCAAAAUAUGCCCUGUGCAUUUUAAAAGUUGCAUAUUGGGGCACUGUAUAUAUUGGAUUAUGGUUUUUUUUUUGGUCUAAAAAAAGGUCUUGUCGUGAUUUAGAUUUUUGAAAAAUUUGCGGUCUUAUUUUAUUGCGCCGACCGACAUUAAAAAUGAUUAUUAUUAGUAGUGUCAGGUUUGAAUAUCUAAAUUUGACAAAAAUGGUUUUUUCUUUGAAAAGCUUGUUAUAUUUUCAGGCUAACAUUAAAUUGGUUGGUUAAAAUUAACAACGGUUUUAGUGUUAAAAACGUUCUAUUGAAAGUGUUUAACUCACUGUUAAAUGUCCACAGAAGACAUGAAAAUUAUACGAAUUUCGAAAGAAGUACAACAUAUUUAAAAUAGUUGAAUACAUUAAUUAAUAUUCGUAUGAUAAUAGUUGAAAUGUUUAAAGAAAAAAUACUUAAUAAUAUGCAUGUAAUUCUGUUCGUAUUUUGUAUUGUUGGAUUGUUGUCUUUACGGAGUAUUAAUAAAGAUUUUCCAAAAUUAUAUAAAAUGCCUGGUCUAUGUACUAAUAAUAACAUAAAAUAUUAAAAAAAGUAUUGAUUAUACAAAUCUAGUAAUAUACUUUUAUUUCAGUGGAAUUAAUGUUUAAUAAUAAAUUUGGGGAUGGUAACAAAGAUUUUAUACUAUUGGAUAUAUCACUAACUCGUCCAUACUGAGGCGAACAAAUGUGGAUAAUUUUAAAAAUAUUAUAAAAUCAUUGGAUAGUAAUGACAGAUUCAAAUCUUUUUGACGUUUGUUGUCAAAGAAAGGGCGCCAUCUUGUAAUAUCUCAAAUACUUGGGAUUGCAUUUUUUAAGUUUUAAUAAAGUUAUUUAAUUCGAUUUUUAACCGACUUCAAAAAGGAGGAGGUUCUUAAUAGUACAUAGACUUGGUGUGAUAUGGUCCAUCUCCUUUUGUGACACAAUUUUGUCGUAGAUAUCUCUAUCUAUUUACCUAAAAGGGCUGUCUUUCUGACUCUGUGACUAACAUUAUUAAGAAUAGAGUUGUUCCUACUUCGCACCUUCAUGCUUUUGUAUUUUUUCAAGUCAUAUUUAGUGUGCCUCGGACCGGAGCGAGGCAGCGGAGCGAAGUGAGAAAGUAAUGCGGAGCGGAAUUGCAGACUAUGUUUUUCGCUUGUUAGCUCCCGCCGGCGGGCGAGUGCUUUAGUUCUACGGGAAAUGUCAGCGAUAGCAGACAUGUCAUCAAAAAGUCGCUUCCCCGCUCCGCUUCCUCGCUUCGUUCCCCCGCACGUGACUCCCCGCUCCGCUUACCGGUUAUGUAUGAAUUUUUAAACUAGCUCGCAAGAGGAGCUCGCGUCUACUUAAGAGGAGCGGAGAUUUUGUGCAAUCCUAUUGGUUAGUAUUUCUACGUUUCUCGGCUCCCUGCUGCUCGCUGCCUCGCUCCGCUUCAGUGGACUGGCAGCCUUAAGGCCUGUCAUCCACAAGUUUUGUCUGUGUAAUUUGACACAAAGUAAGAAAGUGAGAAUCUCUUUGACACGUCAUACAUUUCUAGUACAUUACUGGCACUUAUUGAAUAAAAAGCGUACAGUUAUUAUGUUGAAUUUGUUGGAAUGGUUGUUGAGACCUGCUUAGAGUUUGAUUUAUGUUAGCUAUUUUUUUAAUAAUGGACUUAAAACAGCAGCGUGCACAUGGUUUUUACCUAGGGUAGGUACUGUACGUACAAAUUGUACUAUAUGGAAAAUACUUUCUCCAACCAAUACAGAUUCGUAAUGGAUCCUCAGGACAGGAAGUGCAUUUUUGGAGUAUGACGUGCACACUGGCAUAAAGUUAGUGUGAAAUUCCAAAACAUUUAGACAUAAAUUUGUAUAAAAUAUAGAAGUCAUAGGUGACUGAUCUAUCAAAUCUCAGAGAGCUGAUUGCACUGUACGUAAGACACGUAAAACGUUAUUAUGACAUGGGCGUUCGAUAGUAGGAUCUACCAAAAUUCAUCCCCCUGAAGCAAGGUAGCGUUAAAAAGGGGAUAAAAGUUAGUUUCCACUAGACUAGAAAAAAAGAGAUUAAAUGUCGCUGCAUUAAGAUUUAAAUACCAUAAAUUAAGUAACUGCUAUAAAAACUAGUCCAAACACGAAAAAAAUCUGUCCGCCACAUUAAUCUCGAAAUUUAGUAAUAGAAUUUGAUUUCACAAUUUCUACAGAUAAAUUAAGUUGAGCAGAGUUAGCGCGCUAACUUUUUUGGAGAAUUCAGAAAAUGACAAAAUUUUCCUGCUUGCAAAUAUUAUUUGGCAUUGAAGGUGCGAAUUUCUGUUCUGACUUGAUCACUUAUUCAUUGUAACUUGUUAAUGUUAAUUCAAAGUUGUAGAAUUUCCAAUUUUUCUAUGUAACAUACGGAGUCGUAAUAUUUUUAAAAUAUAUUACAAAGUAAAUUUUUGCAUAUACCGUAUAUUGCCUCUAAAAUAAUAGAUAACCGUAUAGGUACACCCAUUUUUGUAAAAUCCAUAUUGUAGCAUAAUUUCGUAUGUAUGAACAUAAAAUAUGUCUUUUUAGCAAACAUGCCUACAGUAAAAAUGUAGCUUGAUUGAUAAAGUUUAUUUGCUAAAGUGUUGUAAAAAGUUACAUUUUUAUUUAUUAAGUUUCGAGUCUAAGUCUUAGCUUAUAAAGAGUGAAAAGUCGAUCAAAUUAGUUUAGUUUCCAGAAAAAUGCAUGUUUUUGAUAAUUUUAACACAAAUUAUUAUUAUUGAGAGGUGCUAAUUCUAUUGAAGCAUAAGAUACUAUUGACAAAUUUUGCGAACUUCUAGUACAGUUUUCAGAGAAAAUUAAAAAUAUCUACCGUACCAACGUAUGGUACUUAGAGUUGAGAAAUUGAUUUUUUUUAAGUCAAUAAAUCUUGAGAGAAGCGGCGAUUAAAGACAGACAGACUAACCAAACGAUUUGAUUAUUCUCUAUCAAUGAAAUGUUCAAUAAAAUUAGCACCCACAACUAUUGUCUAGUGUGUUAAUUUUUUAUAAAAAAGAAAAGAAAAUUGACGCUUAUGCAAAAAGUUUGUAAAGUCGAGUGUUGAAACACUUUGUAUUCAAUGACAAGCGAUACAAUUAAUAUUGCAACAGUCAUGCUAAAAUGAGAUGCAAACUUAUUUUAAGAUUUUUGGGAUUAUUGGACCACGAAUUAUUUUUACAUUUGGUUGGUGGUUCUUUAGUGCAGCACUAAGCAUCGUGCAGCCACUUCUGUUUGGACUAACUCUUCAAAUAUUUUGUUGAAAAACAUCUGACCAAUCAUGGCGGGCUGUCUCGACAAACUCAAUGAUUGGUUAGACGUAUGUUUAACUAAAAUUUUAAUAUUCGCCGUAGAGCACACAAUGCAGUGACGUGCACUUUUUAACCGACUUCCAAAAAGGAGGAGGUUCUACGUUCGGCUGUAUGUAUGUUUUUUAUUUAAAAUGUUUUUGCUUAUCCUGGCGGUUAGUUACGUGCUUGGAUUGAUGGUUUAGUUUUCAUUAUGUACAUUUUGUACAUACGAGUAUGCAUACCCAUUCUGUGUGCACGCCACUGCGGUUACAAUGCUUCGCAACAAAGAUAAGCGACUAUAACUUUAUCACAAUUAAUGUCAAAUAUUCUCGCCAACGCUCCUGACUGAAAUUUUAACCCUAAAAACUCUCGAUUUGAAAAUAUAUAAUUCAAUGAAUUUAAAAAUGCUGUAGUGUUUUUUUAAACAUCACUGAUGCCAGGAGCAUUGGUUUGAGGUAUACCAUUAUUAUGAUUUUCAACAGUGAGCAUAUUAUAAUAUUUUUGUUAAAUUUAGAAAAGAACUUUAUAACGAUUCGGUUUCUAUGUAAAAAAAAAUAUACAUAUAAAAAUAUUUUAUAGGAGUAAUUAAAUAUUAUAAUAUUAUUAUGGAUAACAAUAAAUAAAUGAAAAUUUGUAAACUAAUGGUUAUUUUAGCGAUAUGUUAUAUUAUACAUAAAUAUUAUUAAUAAUAUAGUAAAGACCACGCAAGUGAAAUAGCUUAGAGUUAAUGUAUGUAACUUAGCAUUUAAUAUGUGAAAAAUAUCUGAGGCUUCUUUGGAUCGAUGUGUUUUGUGUAGAGCUCCCAACAUUCGAAUAUACUCGCGAUCGAGCACACUCAAUACCGGCUUAGCCGAUUUGGGUUUUUGGAAAAUAAAUAAAUAAAUAUAUAUUUAGAAUUGUA